ACAAGUGCUAAAUCUAUCCGUCCUUUUACUUCUGCAGAAUGAGGUUUUCAGCAUUAUUUCUACGCUUUCUGGUUUGUCUGUUAGGACUUGGGCGGAUUCACGGUUUGGUGUUGAUGGAGGAUGAAUUGGAGGAACUUGAGGACAGACACCUGAGCAAAGCUAUUUUGGAGAUGCUGCACAUAAAUAAGCUGUCAGCGCCUCAGCAGGCAAAGCCACACCCCUAUAUGAGACACGUUUAUCAGUCUCUGGACACACAGGCGAGAGAACUCAGUGCUGCUGAUGGGACGCUGGUGCAGAGUUUCAGGAGCGUUAAAGAUUCAAAGUACAGCACUCCAGGAUGGAUCUGGUUCAACACGUCCCAGCUGAGUCCCUUCAUGAGGGUUGCGGAGCUGGUGCUCCUGAGGAAAACUCUUCAUCACCGGCCGCUCAGUGUGACGGUCACAGUACACAGUCUUUCACCAGGAGCAGAAAACCUGAGCAUCAGUGGCCCUCUUGCAGAGCACUUACUGAGCCUGGACCGACUGCCUCCAUCAGGCUAUGAUGUUUUCGACGUGACGGCAGCAAUAAACCAACCAUCUCAAAACUCGGAUAUCUUAGGCUUCCAGCUUCGGUUUGAGGAUGAGAGCGGCAGCCUGGUUCUCCAUGAAGCCCUCACUCAGAGCCUCUACUGCCUGAAUAGCAGCUCAGUCAGCCAGCCGCUUUUGGUGGCGUACAGAAGAUCUAUGGAGCUUCAUCAGGCAUCUUUAGGAGUGGGUUUAGAGAAUGGACACAGGCCGCGAAUAGACAGCGAGAGACAGCGAAUGCAUCUGCGGCACGGGAGACAUGUGGGUGCAUGCACACUCUAUGUGCAUCAUGUCAGUCUUCACACGAGCAAGCUGAGUCAAUGGAUUCUACAACCAUCCAACUUCAGCAUAAGCAUUUGUAGAGGUAUCUGUCUGAAAGAAACAUCUAUGACUGUUCAAAGACAAAGAAAACUCCAGAAAGAGAAUGAAUCACUUCAAAGAUCAGCCUGCACUCCUCAAGGCCUGUCGUCUCUCAUCGUGAUGUACAGCAGCGACACUGCCGACAUUAUUAUAAAGGAGCUGAAGGAUAUGAGAGCAGAGAGAUGCGAGUGUCAGUCAACGGCUCAAUGAAAGCCAAUGCUCGCGUCCUGAAAAUGCAGUUUGUCAUGUACAGUUGAAGUCAGAAUUAUUCGCCCUCCUUUCAAUUUUCUUUUUCAAAUAUUUCCCAAAUGAUGUUUAACCGAGAAAAGAAAUUUUCACAGUAUUUCCUAUAAUAUUUUUUCUUCUGGAGAAAGUCUUAUUUGUUUUAUUUCGGCUAGAAUAAAAGCAGUUUUUAGUUUUUUAAACACCAUUUUAAGGUCAAUAUUAUUAGCCCCCUUAAGCAAUAUUUUUUCAAUUGUCUACAGAACAAACCAUCAUUAUACAAUGACUUGCCUAAUUAGCCUAAUUAACCCAAUUUAAAUGUCACUUUAGGCUAAAUACUAGUAUCUUGAAAAAAAUCUGAUCAAAUAUUUUGUGCUGUCAUAAUGGCAAAGAUAAAAGAAAUCAGUUAUGUUUAGAAAUGUGUUGAAAAAAAAUCGUCCUUCCAAUAAACAGAAAUUGAGGAAAUAAUAUACAGGGGGGCUAAUAAUUCAGGAGGGCUAAUAAUUCUGACUUCAACUGUAUCUGAUAGAUGCAUGUGAACCCACAGGUUUCUAUGUUGGUCAUAAUAUUUGAUUUGAUAAAAAACAACAACAAAUCUGCUUAUUAUAAUACACAAGCUAGAACAUUCUCAUUGCUUUAUUCAAAAUGUAAACACUCACAACGCAGUAAGAAUUUCCACCAA